UUUUCUUGUUUCGACAUCAUGUGGGACUCUGAGAGUGAAUCUGUUACUGGUAGAGAUUAUGGAAAUGGAAUCCUUUCCUCGAGCAAGCAUGGUGUCAAGACUGAUGGAUUUGAGCAAAGAGACCACUCAUGGUAUGUCGCAACUGAUAUUCCAAGUGAUUUUCUAGUUCAGGUUGGAGAUGUAAAUUUCCACUUGCAUAAGUAUCCGUUGCUUUCAAGGAGUGGAAAAAUGAAUAGACUAAUAUACGAAUCGCGUGACCUGGACCUUAACAAGGUAGCAUUGGAUGAUCUUCCGGGUGGACCGGAGGCGUUUGAGCUUGCAGCAAAAUUCUGCUAUGGAAUUGCUGUUGAUCUAACAGCAGCCAAUAUCUCUGGCCUCAGAUGUGCUGCAGAGUACCUUGAAAUGACAGAGGACUUGGAAGAAGGCAAUCUUAUUUUCAAAACCGAAGCAUUUCUCAGUUACGUGGUGCUAUCUUCAUGGAGAGAUUCUAUAUUGGUAUUGAAAAGCAGUGAGAAGCUCUCACCAUGGGCGGAGAACCUUCAGAUUGUUCGAAGAUGCAGCGAGUCCAUUGCUUGGAAGGCUUGUGCCAAUCCUAAAGGAAUAAGGUGGGCAUACAAAGGAAAACCCCCUAAAGUUUCUAGUCCAAAAUGGAAUGAGAUGAAGGAUUCAAGUCCUAGUAGAAACUCCCAAGUUCCUCCUGAUUGGUGGUUUGAAGAUGUUUCAAUCCUUAGGAUUGAUCACUUUGUUAGAGUCAUUACUGCAAUCAAGGUAAAGGGUAUGAGGUUUGAAUUGAUUGGAGCUGCAAUAGUGCAUUAUGCAGGAAAAUGGCUUCCAGGUUUGAUUCAAAAUGGGGGAGGUUUUAUAGAUGAAGCAAGCAAUAGCAGCAACAGUAAUAGUAAUAGUAGUAGUGGAGGCAUCAGUUGGAAAGGUGGACUCCAUAUGAUUGUGGCAGGAACUAAAGAUGACACCCCAACAGUUCAGGCCAAAGAUCAACGGAUGAUCAUCGAGAGCCUAAUCAGCAUAAUCCCGCCACAGAAGGAUAGUGUCUCUUGCAGCUUCCUUCUUCGCCUGCUGAGAAUGGCAAACAUGUUGAAAGUGGCACCUGCUCUGGUUACUGAAUUGGAGAAGCGCGUCGGAAUGCAGUUUGAACAGGCUACUUUGGCAGACCUUCUAGUACCUUCUUACAAUAAAAAUGAAACUUUGUUUGAUGUGGAUCUUGUUCAGAGACUUCUCGAGCAUUUUCUGGUUCAAGAACAAACAGAAAGUUCAAGUCCAAGCAGACAAACAUUUUCUGACAAAAAUAUGCACGAUGGAACUCAAAGGAGUGCUAAUACAAGUUCCAAAAUGAGAGUAGCAAGGCUUGUUGACAGUUAUCUUACAGAGGUGUCAAGAGAUAGAAACCUUUCACUGACGAAGUUCCAGGUACUGGCAGAAGCUUUGCCUGAAUCCGCAAGGACCUGCGACGAUGGACUCUAUAGAGCAAUCGAUUCUUAUCUUAAGGCUCAUCCAUCAUUAUCUGAGCAUGAAAGGAAGCGCCUCUGUCGGGUGAUGGACUGCCAAAAACUCUCAAUUGAUGCUUGCAUGCAUGCUGCUCAAAAUGAAAGAUUACCACUUAGAGUUGUAGUCCAGGUACUCUUUUCUGAGCAGGUGAAAAUAAGCAAUUCAUUAGCAAACAAUACCCUGAAAGAAUCUAGUGAAGCUCAGUACCAGCCUAUGAUAUCAAACAGAAAAACUCUACUUGAAGGGACACCACUGUCAUUCCAAGAAGGAUGGGCAACAGCUAAGAAGGACAUUAACACUCUCAAGUUUGAACUCGAAACCGUGAAGGCUAAAUACCUUGAGCUCCAGAAUGACAUGGAAAAUUUGCAGAGAAAGUUUGAUAAAAUGACAAAUAAGAAACAAACAUCAGCAUGGACCACAGGGUGGAAGAAACUUAGCAAAUUUACCAAGAUGACAAAUUUGGAAAACAACGAAAUCGGGUCUCAGGUUGCAGCUCCUGAAGAACAGACUAGAAAGACACCUGGAAGAUGGAGAAAUUCUAUUUCCUAAGAGAUGAUGCUGUUCAUUUUGAUUCUGUGUUCCUGCUGCUCACUUUUUUCUUCUUUGUUUCGUUUUAAGUGCAGGAUUUUCUUUCCUCUUCUUUCUCUUCAAUUUUUAGAAAUUACCUCAAAAAAUCUAGCAUAAGUACAAUUUAUUACCAAAAUCUGCUUUUGUAUCCUCUCUGAGUUUGUUAAUUCUCCAUUCAAGAGCACUUGGUUUUCAAA